AUGAUUGUGGAAGCUAUUAGCUUUGUCGUAUUGUACAAGUUGAUCGCCUCCAAUGGUUUGUGUUUUUCAAUUCUAGGUGGUAUGAGGUUGACAAGUUCCUACUAUGUCACAAAGGUUCUGGUGAAUGCAAGUAUAACCGAGAUUGAGGAUUUUCGGGCAAAAUAUGAUAGCUCGGGUAAUCCUAGAUAUAAGCUACGUAUAAGGGUUGUUGAUGGGACUAGUACCGCAUUCUUUUUGCUAUGGGACCGGGAGAGCGUACAACUAAUCGGUAAGACUGCAAGGCAAUUAAGGGAACGAUUGGCUCUGGAAUACUCAGAGAACGAGUUUCCUGAUGAGCUCGAAGACUUGGUUGGGCAAAAGGCUUUGUUUAGAAUACAUAUAAAGGAGCAUAACAUAAGUGAAAAUGAUGAGGUUUUUUCUGUGACGAGGCUUACCGAUGACCAAGUCUUGAUUGGAAAGUACAAGCUUGAUAAGAGCACCGAGGAUUCUGUAUCUGAAAAUAAGGUGAGUACACCAGUAAAAACUUCGUGCAAGUCGAAGCGUAAGUCAACUGAUGACUUGGACAUCACCGAGCUCGACAGUAAAGGUGGUUCUUCUAUAAAGCUUUCUACUAUUAAAAUUCGCAAUAUUGUGAAGGUUGAGAAGGAGGAUUGUGGAUGUUAA